AUGGACGUAUCAUUUCACGAAAUGGUAAUGCAGGUGUCAGCUUUGUCCUUCACAGGUUCGGUCGCACGGAUAGCCGAUUGGCCUUGCCCUGUCGUAGCGAAUGCAGCUGAUCAGCCAUGUCAAUGGUGGUUCAUGGCAACCGAAGCCCGAUCCCCUCGUUCUUCGCAGGACUUGCCUGAAAUAAUAGCUACCCAUGCACAGUCUCUAGAAGUCAGCCAUAAGCGCUUCAAGCUACGCAAAAGGCUUCUCUCAGAAACGUACGCCUUGGUCCCCGAAACAACUGGCGGCGGCACUGACUACUCGAUGGACGUCAAACCACGCACAAACUCCAAGAUGCCCUUUAUGUUCUUGUUUGAAGGCAAGAGUGUAGUAGGUAGCGUUCGCAGGCCAAUGGACUCGGCAACAUUUGAGAUUAAACUCGGAAAUACCGAAAACAAGGCCCAAGGGGAAGAAUGGAGAUUCAUGCAUCGUACAGGACGUAAAGAAGGCACAUGGACAGUUCCCAGCUCUGAUACUGGCGGCAUGAAGGAGUUUGCAUGGGAGGGGACUAUCGAUGUUGCUACUGAUGGAAUAUCGCCCGGGCUGAGUCGACCAGGAUACAAGCUAGUUGACGUGUCUAAUGACGAGUCAGAUGAGGCGCUGGCAGUUUUCACGCCCACGAAAGGACUAUCAAAAAGCGGUGUGCUUCAGCUGAAUGUGAACUGGAGAGAGGAAUUUGAGCGCAUGGUAAUUUUGACAUUCAUGUGCGUGUACGAUCGUAUAUCGACACAGGCUACUGAUGCAAUUGGUAGAGGAGCUGCUGGAGGUUUCUAG